AUGUCUGAAUUUGCAAUUGAAGUUUUUGAUUUAACCUAUGAAUUCCCGCAUGGUACAACAAAACGUAUAGGUCUAGAAAAUAUAAAUUUACAAAUUGAAUGGGGUACAACCAAUUUAAUUGUUGGUCCAAAUGGUGCUGGUAAAUCAACGUUACUUAAAGUUUUAGCUGGUAAAACAUUAAUAAAGCAAGGAAAAUUAAAAAUUGGUGGAUUCGAUCCAUUUGAAUUUAAUAUAAAAAGGAAUGAACAGCAUAAUUCAGAUAUAAAUAAAUAUAUUACUUAUCUUGGAACUGAAUGGAUUACAAAUAGUAUUAUAAAAAGAGAUAUUCCUGUAAAUUUAUUAAUUGAUUCCGUGGGUGGUAAUAUAUACCAAGAAAAACGAGAUUUAUUGAUUGAUAUUUUAGAUAUUGAUCCUUCUUGGUCAAUGAUAAAUCUAUCUGAUGGAGAGAGAAGAAGAGUUCAGAUAGCAAUGGGAUUAAUAAAACCUUGGAAAUUGUUAUUAUUAGAUGAAGUGACUAUAGAUUUAGAUGUAGUUGUUAGAUCUAAAUUGUUAAAUUAUCUUAAAUCGGAAUGUGAAAAUGGAGCUACUGUCAUUUAUGCAACUCAUAUAUUUGAUGGACUUGGUGAAAAUUGGUGUGAUCGAAUAAUUCAUUUAGAUUCAGGCUUGAAAUUAAAUGAUAUAAAUAUAGAGAACAUUGAAUUUAAUAACAAUAAAGAAAUUAUAGAAAAAGAUGACAAGAUUUUAAUUGGUAAAUCAAAUUCACUCCAUCCAUUAGCUUUACAAUGGUUAACUAAAGAUUUAGAAAGAAGAGGUACUCGAGAAGAUGAAAAAUUAAAAUUACGUCAAAGACAUAAUGAUUAUAUAAAUUCAAGAGAUGGUAAAUAUUUCGAUGCUGACGAUUCAAAAUUACAACAAUACUUUAAAAGUACUAGAAGUAGUUAA